GCAAUUUUGAUAAGAUGGCUACAAUGAAUUAUAAACUUUUCUGUGUUCAUUUCCUUCUCUUGAUUUUGGGUGUUUACCACACACGAGGACAAGAUGUUGCUGGAGCACCGGCACCGGCACCGGCACCAGCAGAAGGUACAGCACCAGCCCCAGCUGAAGGCGCAGCACCAGCACCAGAACCAGCACCGGCACCGGCACCGGCACCAGCAGAAGGGGCUGCACCGGCACCAGCGCCAGCAGAAGGGGCUGCACCGGCACCAGCAGAAGGGGCUGCACCGGCACCAGCACCAGCAGAAGGGGCUGCACCAGCACCAGCAGAAGGGGCUGCACCGGCACCAGCAGAAGGGGCUGCACCGGCACCGGCACCAGCACCAGCAGAAGGGGCUGCACCAGCACCAGCAGAAGGGGCUGCACCAGCACCGGCACCAGCAGAAGGGGCUGCACCAGCACCGGCACCAGCAGAAGGGGCUGCACCGGCACCGGCACCAGCAGAAGGGGCUGCACCAGCACCGGCACCAGCAGAAGGGGCUGCACCAGCACCAGCACCAGCAGAAGGGGCUGCACCAGCACCGGCAGAAGGGGCUGCACCGGCACCAGCACCAGCAGAAGGGGCUGCACCAGCACCAGCAGAAGGGGCUGCACCAGCACCGGCACCAGCAGAAGGGGCUGCACCAGCACCGGCACCAGCAGAAGGGGCUGCACCAGCACCGGCACCAGCAGAAGGGGCUGCACCAGCACCAGCACCAUCAGAAGGGGCGGCACCAGCACCGGCACCAGCAGAAGGGGCUGCACCGGCACCGGCACCAGCAGAAGGGGCUGCACCAGCACCGGCACCAGCAGAAGGGGCUGCACCAGCACCAGCACCAUCAGAAGGGGCGGCACCAGCACCGGCACCAGCAGAAGGGGCUGCACCGGCACCAGCACCAGCAGAAGGGGCUGCACCAGCACCAGCAGAAGGGGCUGCACCAGCACCAGCAGAAGGGGCUGCACCAGCACCGGCAGAAGGGGCUGCACCGGCACCAGCACCAGCAGAAGGGGCUGCACCAGCACCAGCAGAAGGGGCUGCACCUGCACCAGCACCAGCAGAAGGGGCUGCACCAGCACCAGCAGAAGGGGCUGCACCAGCACCGGCACCAGCAGAAGGGGCUGCACCGGCACUGGCACCAGCAGAAGGGGCUGCACCGGCACCGGCACCAGCAGAAGGGGCUGCACCAGCACCGGCACCAGCAGAAGGGGCUGCACCAGCACCAGCACCAGCAGAAGGGGCGGCACCAGCACCGGCACCAGCAGAAGGGGCUGCACCAGCACCGGCACCAGCAGAAGGUGCUGCUCCAGCCCCAGCACCAGCCCCAGCAGAAGGUGCUGCUCCAGCACCAGCACCAGCAGAAGGGGCUGCACCAGCGCCAGCAGAAGGGGCUGCGCCAGCACCAGCAGAAGGUGCUGCUCCAGCACCAGCAGAAGGGGCUGCACCGGCACCAGCGCCAGCAGAAGGGGCUGCACCCGCACCAGCAGAAGGUGCUGCACCAGCACCAGCAGAAGGUGCUGCACCGGCACCGGCACCAGCACCAGCAGAGGGCACAGCACCGGCACCGGCAGAAGGUGGGGCUCCUGCACCAGCAGAAGGUGGGGCUCCUGCGCCAGCAGAAGGUGGGGCACCAGCUCCAGCAGAAGGUGGGGCCCCUGCACCAGCAGAAGGUGCGGCUCCAGCACCAGCAGAAGGUGGAGCUCCUGCACCAGCAGAAGGUGGGGCGCCUGCACCAGCACCAGCAGAAGCUGGUGCAGCAGCAGAAGAUUGCAAGGGGAAUCCGCUUAAGAGAAGAGACUGCGGACAUGCAGGAGUUACAGAAGAACAAUGCAAAUCUAAGGGAUGCUGCUAUGAUGCCAGUAUUGUAGGGGUUAAAUGGUGCUUCUUCCCUCGCACAGCUCGUACAGAGUGUUCAUUUAGCCCCGGAGAGAGGCAGGACUGCGGCCACCCCGGAAUUACGCCCAGCGAAUGCGCCAGCAGUGGGUGCUGUUUCGAUGCCAGUAUUGCCGGGGUGAAAUGGUGUUUUCACCCAAAAUAAACGAUCUUCAGUGAAUAAGGACUUGCCCCCCCCACACCUGGGAUGCUCCAGCACUACCUGCACAAGUCCCAUGAUGCACUUGGGAAAAUAAUUUAACACUUUUAUUAACCAUCAACAUUCAAUUCCUUUGAAAAAGCAAUAAAAUAUAUGAACAGCAA